AAUUAUCUACAUUUGGUGAAGUAUGGAGCAGAUACAGCCUACCUGAUGAGUUAUAUUCCCAUAGACAGAGACCUGGAUUGUAUGAUUGUAGAACUUCUGAAAUGUUGCUUUCAACUUGUUGUCAAAUACAAUCGUGUUUUAUGGCAGAAACUGCAGUUUUUAGUAGAAAUGGAAUUAAAGGACUGCCUAGAUGAAUCCUGCUACACCCAUCUCAGUGAUUUUGUUGAUGGCAACAUCCGUGAUGUAACGACUGAAAACAUUGUCUUGAAAAAAUUGUGUAAUUUUGUUGAGGAAAGCUCCAAACAAGAGGCAUGGGAUGAAAUACAUGAAGAAAAGACAUUUUUUACAUCUAUCUUAGUAAAAGUACAACUGCUGAAGACACUGAAGAGUAAAAUUACAAAAAUAAGCAAAAUCAAAUACACAUUUGAUGAAACACAUGAUCUUCUGCCAAAGGAACCAAAAUCGAGGCUACAGUUAUUGUUAGAAAGGAGAAGAAAACCAGCAGAUGUUAGAAUUAAACAUGUGAAAUGGAGUAAAUUAAAACAAGAUAGUUAUGACACAGUAAAGAGUAAAGAAUGCCUUGAAAAACAUUCAAAAGAGCUUGGUCAGUUUGAAGAGAAUCUGACAUGUGUAUAUAAGAAAUUAAAGAGAUUGAUGGAAAGGCAGGGAGUGUCUCAGGCAAUAAAAGCAUCAGAGAUUUUGGCUCAAGCAGUUUUGCACCCACAUGUAAUUGUCUUGCCUGGUAAAGUUAAUGAGCCUGGAAUGUACACAUUUGACAAUUAUCUUAACCUAAAGAGAACAGAGGUGAUACUGGCCCAGUUUUAUGAGGCAGUAGGGAAAGAUCUGAUGUCUUUUCUGCUGACUACUUGUAUAAAAGACCAUAAGUUAAAUAGUGAAAAGCUUAAGCAUCCUGAUACAGUUCUCAAUGACAUCAUUAUAAAGGCAGAUACAAUGGCACAGCUACUAUAUCAUGACAUUGAGAGUGUGAUGCAUGACUGUGUUAAGAUGGAACAAUAUCUGAUUGGUCGCUCACAAUUAAGGGCAGCUGCUAAUUCAGCUGUCAACCGUUUAUUACAGACAUCAGUUCUACAGAAGUGGAGUGAUCUUGAUGUUACAAGCUGUACACCAUCUAAAGUGUUGAAGUCAAAUAAAAUGCAAGAUACAGCUAUAAGAAACCAGGAAAUACCUAAUCGUUGUAAGAACAGAACCUAUCUGGAUCACAAUAACAGCAGUCCUGAUGUAAUAAACUUAGAGGUUGAUGCUAGAAAAAUCACCCUGACAGAUAUCAUGGAAGAUCUGAAACCAUUGAAAGGAUAUUUGGAGUAUAUAAAACAUGGAGAGGUUUUGAGAAAGAUGGUGACACAGAUGGGUUAUAUUGACAGAGCGAAGAGCAAGCGGGACUAUCUACAUUCUGUGCAGAUUAACAAUAUCAUAGAUUCUUACUUUAUGACAGAUGAGGGGGAUGAUAGUGAAACAUUAACUAAGUCUGGACUAUAUCAGCUUGAAUAUGACUGUACUGGUGAAAACAGGAAACCACUUGGAUCAUGGGUGAAAGUGAUCACUGUCAGUUUGAUGAUGUUGUUGCAGAUAUUCAUUGUUGUGUACAUAACUAUUGUAGGAGGACAGUUUACUACAACAGAGUUACAGGAGUGGAUGUGCUAUUUCCUGCUGGCAGUCGGAGUAUUUGGUCUAGUUUUUGAACCAGUUAAAGCAUAUAUUGUGGGAUUAUAUGUAAGGAAGUUGAAUGAAAAAUUGUGGGCAGGUGCAAACAUUUGAUAAAAUGUUUGAAGGUUAUGUACAGUUUUUGUGUUUGUGCAUUGGAAUGAGAAAUCAUAAUCUCUGUUUAAUAUACUUCAUGAUAAUUUUGCUUGAUAAAAGAAAAUUUGGUGGACCUUAUACCAUUGACUUUAAUUUUUCGACUAGUGUUAUUAAGUCCUUCUAAAGUUGUUACAAUACACCCUGUUAAAGCUGCUGUCGAAUAAUUUAACGGAAGAGUUUCAGCAGUAGGGUAUGCAACAAAAUCUAAAUACUUUGACAACUUUGAUUGUUUAGAUUUGAUUACCAUCUUUUUAGCUCACCAGAACCGAAGGUUCAGGCAAAGCUGUUAGUAUCAAAGGGGGAUGCUCUGGCGUCCGUCAUCAUGCGUCAACAAUCGUCUUCUUCUCUAAAACUGCUGGGCAGAUUAAAUUCAAAUUUGGUCUGUAGCAUCCUUGUGACAGUCAAACUUGAAUUUGCUCAUGUCAUUUCAAUUUACCCCUUUUAGAAGUCAACAGAGCUAAAAAUAGAAAAACCUUUAAACAUCUUCUACUACAGAACUAAUUGAUGGAUGAUCACCAAACUUUGUCUGUAUUUUUCUUUGGUAGUCUUUAAUCAAGUUUGCUCAUAUUAAAGUGAUUGGCCCCUUUUAGGGGUCUCUAGGGCUAAAAAUAGAAAAACCUUUAAACAUCUUCUUCUACAGAACUAAUUGAUGGAUGAUCACCAAACUUUGUCUGUAGCAUUCUUGUGUAGUCUUUUAUCAAGUUUGCUCAUAUUAAUUUGAUUGGCCUCUUUUAGGGGCCGCUAAAGCUAAAAAUAGUAAUACCUUAAAACGUCUAUUUCUACAGAACUAAUGGAUGGAUGAUCACCAAACUUUGUCUGUAGCAUUUUUGGGUAGUCUUCUAUCAAGUUUGCUCAUAUUAAUUUGAUUGGCGCCUUUUAGGGGCUGCUUAAGCUUAAAAUAGAAAUACCUUUAAACGUCUAUUUCUAUAGAACUAAUUGAUGGAUGAUCACCAAACUUUGUAGCAUUCUUAGGUAGUCUUUUAUCAAGUUUGCUCAUAUUAAUUUGAUUGGCUCCGUUUAAGCUAAAGCUUAAAUGCCACAGGCCAUGGCAUUUCUUCAAAUUAUUGUUUAAACAUAUUCUAUGCUUAAAUUUAAUAUUAGAAAAUAUUGACAAUGGAUAAUUUCCAACACUGAAAAGCAAUUGUUUCUGGUGAGCGUCUCAGGGCCAUUAUGGCCAUCUUGUUAUUUCUUCUGUUAGAUGACAAAAGAAUUUAAAUCUAUAUCCAUUUCAUGAUAUCAAAUUCCUAUAUAAAUGUUUGAAAGGCUAUGAUUUUGUUCUAGUAUCUCGUGAGAGUAACCAUUUAAGUAUACAUUGUCAUAUACUGUAUGUAAUGAAAUAGUUUAACCACUAUGAUUAAAGGCAUUAUAAAAUACAGCCUGGAGUUUAUAUCAGCUUCAAAUGAAAUAUAAGAUAAGAUUUAAGUAGGAGCAAUUAUAUUUAUUAUGCAAAGUAGGCAUUUACAGUACUACAUAUUAACAUUAUUUUUUGUCUGAAUAGAAAGGUAAUUGUUACAUGAAAUUUGUUGUCACACUUUGUUUUAUACUGGAUUAAAAAAAAAUGUUGUUAA